AACAAUCUCUUCAAAAAAUACAUUUAUCCUAACUACAUUUUUGUGUGAAUACAUUUAUAUAUUUGUAUACUUAUAUGUACAAUACACAGACGCGUAUGUAUCGCUGGACAUAGUGCCGGGGCUCAUUUGGCCGCAGCCUUGCUACACGACGACGCUUGGAUCGCACGCAUGACACAGCAAGGAUAUUUUGUGUUAUUAAAAGAAAUCCUAUUGAUCGGCGGAAUUUACAAUAUAAAACCUAUCGUCGAUACCAGCUACGCGACAGCGUUAAAACUUACUGAUGAGGAAAUUGAGAAAUUCAGUUUUUCUACUCUCAAUGAAACAAAAGAUCGUCACAUUAGCGGUUUGAAGGUUGUCGUAACCGUAGGAGAACGUGAUUCUCCAGUAUUUGUGAACGAGUCCCACGAAUACGCGCAGAAACUUAUCUCCAUCGUGGACAACGUGGAGUAUCUCCUACUUCGUGAUAACAUCGAUCAUUUUGACAUAGUAGAAAAUCUUUUGGAUCGAAAUUAUCAUCUGUCUAAAUUAAUAUUGCAAUGUCUUUCCUCCGAUGUGAAUAUUCAUCACACGCAUUAGUAAUACAAAAUUGAAAAAAAGUAUUUUUUUAUAAAGUGAU